AUGGUCGUCGUACAAUGUACAUAUAACAUCUUCGCUGUUCUAGCUCCAAUUGGACCUUUGCGUAAAGUUCAAGAAAAAGCGGGUGACUAUAGUCACGACGUUCUUCGAUUUCUGAUGUUUACCGCUGAUGCGAAACAGUCACCUGAAGUCGUGGAAGAACCUGACAGCCAGGAAGAAGAAUCGUCAUCAUCAUCCGAAGAGGAAGAGGAAAGUGGAGAAGAGAAAGAAAAAGAAGUUGAAGAUGAACAAAAAGCACAAGCUAGCGUAGCUCCCGCAGAUGACGCGAAACAACCUCCAUCCGAUACGACCUCGUUCACGCUUACCACCGAGGAUAGCGGG